CCCUGUAGACGUGCAGUGGCACUGCUUGGGGGAUACAGGUGAGGACGUCUCCAUCUUGUCCAAAUUUGAGACCCGCCCGGCCAAGCAAGCAGCACACCUCGAAGCUUCCUGAGCAGCAUCGGACGCCGCGAACGCCUACCGCGUUCCAUUUGUGGUCGCGGGUUGCAUCCGAGUCGCUCCGGGUGACUUCGGGCGGACGUCGGAAGUGAAAAGGUGUUCUGACGAUUGUCCGCUUUGUGUCGCUUGGUGACGCCGCCCGACGUGGCUCGGCUCCACUCGAGAGAGAAGGCGCCCGAAAGGGUCAAGGGCUCCCCUCACUUCUCGCCUCCUCCACAUGACUUCGUUGACGCUCCUGUCCCCUUACCCCAUUUAUUUCUUCGACCAGCCUGCACCACCGCGAAGUAAGAAGGGCAAAGUUGCGAAUGUGGGAAAACCUAAAGACGAAAAGAAGGAAAAAAGGUCUGAAAAUGGCAAACUAUUGAAGCUUCUGAAAAAAGCAAAAAGCGACGAUCUUCCGGAGACCUCGGCAAGGGAGGACACAUGCGAAGAUGACUCAGCGGAAGACGAGAACGAGGACCCGCUGGCCAGCCAGAAGCGGGCCGCCCCUCGCUUGCUGAACGAAUUGGGUCGCCUGCUGUACCGCAACCGCGGCGCCUCCCUGCAGUUGGGCGACAUCCUCAACUACUCGGCCGACGCCGCGCUCAAGCAGCCCAAGGAGGCCGAAGAUGCGGCCCGACGCAAGGCGGCCAGGAGGAAAAAGUCUCAGAAGAAACCCUCAAAAACAAACCAAGACGCAACAGAUGUUGCAGCGGUACCUGGCGAAGUGUCCGCUGUCAGUCCCACGGCCACGGAAGACAUGAUCUCCGGCAGCAGUCAAGAUCCAGAUUGGUUGGCUUUGCCGCUCCAGGCCUUGGGCGAAGCGACGCCUCCUGCCAGGGGCUUGUGCCAGUGGGUGGUGGAGAGACUCAAGGCCAGCGCAAGUCCACACGUCAAACCGCGAGUGAUGGAUCAGGUGCCGAGUUCUCCCAUCCUCCGUCACUACGUCGACGCAAAGGCGGGAAUCAAGACUCACAGUCUACUAAGCGUGCCGAGCGAAGCCGACACCCCCGCCGAGGAAGUGACCCCGUGGCGGCCGCCGCCGCUGAAGAAACUGCAUUGCAGGGUCGCCAACGAGAGCUCCUUCAUCUACUACCCGUCGGGCAACAUGGCCGUGUGCCACAGCCACUCGGGUCUUCCGUCGGGAGGCUUCUGCACCAACGUGUUCACCGACAGCCACGCUCCCGUCAUCCUGGCCACCGUCACCGCGUGCGGCCGCGGUUCCGCCUCUCACCCCGUCAGCUCCGCGGUGACGGCCUUGUGGGACCAGCACGGCGGAUUCCUGUGCGACCGGGAGGGCAACCUCAAGAAGGAGUGGUGCUGGAAGACCGACCGAGAACAGGAGAAGAUCGUCGUCAAGCUGGCAAAGGGCAUCUCGCUGCGGCUGCUGAGCGGCACGACGGCGCUGCUGUGCUUCAAGUGUGAGGACAACAAAGUUCAGCUCCCGCUCUCGGUUGCCCCGUGCUCCGCAAAGGAAGCGGAGGCCGACCAGACGUUCCCGGAGGCGUCGGCGGGGACCUUGUCGGCGCGUUGGAAGAAAGGAUGUCACGCGAUGGGCGAGCUGAGCAAACUUCGCAAGAAAGUCCGAGACAUCCUGACCGCCUGGCUGGACUAUUAUCGCACCGCCACCGGUCUCAAGCGCGGUGAGAAAAAGCCGAAGGUCGCCAAGGGCAAGCACAAGAAGCGGGCGCUGUCGGCCAAGAAGGCACUCGAGCGGGCCCACGGCAAGCUGGCCAAGGCCAAAGAAAAAGUGCCGGAGAAACUCGAGCAGCCCGCCAAGAAAACGCCGCGCGAAGCUCCGACCAAGACAAGGGUCCCCGCAAAGAACACCAAGGAGCACAGCAUGUUACAGAUCGGACCCCUGCGGAUCCUCGGCAACAUCAAACAGGAGUUAGUGGUCCUUCCAGACUAUUCCGCCUCGCGCCUGUCCAGCCUGCCUCGCUUCCCCGUGCGGUCCGGCCUGCCGCCCUCGGUGCCGCUCACCGUGUGCCCGCUGCUGCUGCGGGCGGCCCUGCUCCGGCAGCUCAAAGGCCAGGCGCCCAAGAGGUGCUGCUGCAGCACGGCGCUGAUGCCCGUGCUGCUGGACGUGGAGUACGACGCCUUCAUCACGGGCCAGCCGCAGCACAGCCAGCAGAUCCUGGUGGUGGUGGUCACGCUGCCCGUCAAGCCCGGGGCCACGCCCGAGCAGGACGCCAUCCAGCAGCUCUACCGCAGGAGCAACAGGAAGAGGACCAUGCCCUGCGCCCAGUGCCAGAUGGACUCGUUUCGUCUGGUGAGGUACGAAGUGUCCACGGGGGCCUUGGGCUGCCCGGUGGACAACAUCCUCUUGCAGCAUCGCCACAACGUCGCCGCCGGCAUGAUCCUGAUGUACAUCCGAGGGCGACUGAUGUUUUUGGGCUACGUCUCCAGUGGUCGCACCUGCUCCGCCUCGGACCUUCAGAAGCAAAUUUUGAGAACCAGGGAGGACUACAGGUUGGGUGUCAGCCUCCCUCCCGAUUACAAAUUCAGCGAGAGCGCAAAGGUCAGCGUGGGCUGCUCGGAGGCCUCGAACGCAAAUAAAGUGGAAGAAUCGGCGCCGACGCUAACCAAUGACCUCACGUCGAAUCACUCGCCGGAAAAAGAAUACGUCGCCGAAACGACGUGAGUCAACCGGAAGAGGUGACGUCCUGGCAAAGGACUUUUUCAUCGGCUUGGCUUAUAUCGUACGCUCGUUGUUCCGGCUUGCC